GGCAGUCUGCUACAGACAAGGGAAGCGCUUCAGCUGGUACGGAGCCCCGUACGGCCACACAGACACAAGACAAUAGCACCGAGAGAGCUGCCUAUAUGCGGGGAUAAAGCGCUCUCUCUCCGCGCGUGUGUGUGUAUGGUUGUUGUUUUUUUUUUUAUAUAUAUACAUAUACCUAUAUAUUCGUGCCAUUUGGAUUACUACUUCCACCGUUUCCCUCAUCGACUGUUCACCCGACGCUAUUUGGUCCCUAAUGGUGAUCGGAUACUUGAAUUGGUGAUUGUACGCACUGACGCCAUGAGUGGGCUUCUCAAGAGGAAGUUUGAGGAGGUGGACGAGGACCCAUGCUACUCCUCGCCCUCGCCCUCGUCCCUCUCCUCCGCCUGCUCGGGCUGGGACUCGGAGGGGGAGAGCUGCUACUCGGACACCCUGGAUUCCACCCCCAGCAACCCCGGCUCCCCGGCAACGCAUUUCAACACAACGUCCAUCCUUAAGAAAUCAAAGAGAGCGCGACGGGGCAACGUGACGUUCGACCAGGUGACGGUGUUCUUCUUCCCCCGGUGCCAGGGCUUCACCAGCGUUCCCAGCCGAGGCGGCUGCACCCUGGGCAUGAUGCAGCGCCACAGUGCCCUGCGCACGUACACCCUCGCGGAGUUCGCCGUGGAGCAGCGUCUCCUGCGCCGGGAAAAACUCCUCAACAGACUCAGGGAAGAGAAGCUGGAAGCUCUCAAACUGAAGCUGACAAAGAACGGGACCCAGGAGAGCGAGGAGGCCGAGCAGCUGACGGUGGACGACAUCCCAGAGCAGGACAUCGACAUCAGCGGCGCGAACCUGGACGAGGGCUCCUUCCUGCAGCCGUACCCGUCUAAGCGGCGCUACGCGCUGCUCCGGGCGGCUGGUGUGAAGAAGAUCGACAAGGAGGAGAAGAGGCAGCUGCACGAGCUGAGGCUCUCCAGGGAGAAUUGUGGUUGCGACUGCCAGGGCUUCUGCGAGCCCGAGACGUGUAGCUGCAGCCUGGCUGGCAUCAAAUGUCAGAUGGACCAUUCCUCUUUCCCGUGCGGCUGCACCAAGGACGGCUGCGGAAACACGGAGGGUCGCAUAGAGUUCAACUCCACCAGGGUACAGACGCAUUACAUCCACACUAUCAUGAAGCUGGAGCUGGAGAAGAGGCUGGAGGAGCAGUCGAGCACGGAGGAGGAGGAGGAGAAAGCGACAGGUGCCGCCCCGCUACCAGCAGUGCCCUCGUUCCCCUUCAGCUCGGAGCUGGCGGCGGGCGGAGAGAACAGUUGCAGCAGCGACAUGACGGACUUAUCGGACUCCUCGGGUCAGAGCGAGGACUCGGAGGCUGGCGGGAGCCCGUGCGCGCACCGCACCCAGCUGGACGUCGACGAGAAAGGCCUGAGCCGCAUCCUCUGCUUCAGCGACACGGAGAACUGCUCGAGGAGUAGCAGGGACGGCGGGGAUAAGAACAACACGGACGCUCGGUGCCCAGAUCAGCAGCAGGAGCAGCAGCUGCCGUCCACGGAGGCGUUCGGCAGCUUUAGCAUGGUGGACUUCGCCGACGAGAACGACAACAUAGACGCCGCGCUGUUGGGCGAUCACACGGACAAUCGAGCGACGGCCAUUUCGGAACUUUUGGACGAGAACGCCAACCAGGGAAACGCCCUUUUCCACAGCAGUAGCGUGCCGCACACGCCCUCCCCCACCGUCGACCGCUCCGCGAGCUACAACAUGGACCUGAGCCUCUCCUCAGAGUCAGACCUGGAGUUCUUCGACGGUUUCCCCUGCUUGGGGCCCAGCUCACUCUACAACUCCCUCAAGGAGUACGAGCACAUGGACAACUUUUUUCAAUUUCAGUUGCCUAGUUACCCCAGUUUCCCCGCAGCUAGUGACCCUGGGACCUGCCUUCUAGAGUCACUGAUCGGCCUUUCAGAGUCCGUCCCAGAGCCCCCUGCCACAUUUACAGACAAUCAGCUGUUGGAGGAAGCCAUGAAGUUGUCUGUGAUGGAGUCUGUGAAAGUUUGACACGACGUGAAAAAUCUGUGGACGGUGCAAGAAAAAAACGGGAGUUUUCCGAUGGGGACUGAAAAUGCACAUAAGAUGUCAACAAGUUGGAGGAAGCUGUGAUUUCCCUCUUGCCUAAUAAAUGUUCAAAUUCCAGACUUGCCUUCAAAACGUUAGCAAAGCAGAUUGGGAUUAUUGCUGUGUGAGAUGGCAGCUAGUGUUAAAAGUGAAGAGAUAUAUAUAUAUUUAAAAAAAAAGAAAGAAAAAAAGAUCAAUUUGAACAGGCCCAUAGAAAACCAAUGAUGGCUCUCAUUUCCUAAGAAAGCUCUUUUAACCAAACCAAGAUCACCAACCAUAUGCUAAACAGGAAUCAACCUUAACUGGGGCCAGGUUGGGAAUCUCAACACAGCUGAAUGUGCACCUCAGGGAUUUUUUUCUAGCUUUCUAGCUUUUGGAGGCAAUGUAUGGUGACCAUUGCUGUGAUGGCCUUCGUAUGAAACCAGAGUCAAAUUGCAACUAAGUCCUGUUCGUAUUUGGGCGUAUAUCCAAAUCACUUGAGCAGGUGGGGUCCUCCUUGUGUAAAAUCCUGAAGCUAUCUCCUGAAGACCUUCGAAAAGGUCUUAUAUGGUACAAAAAGAUACCCCCCCACCCCACCCCCCAAAAAAAAGCUCCUCGAUCAGCACUUUAUCUGUGAAAAUAGUUAUGUAUGAAUAGGCAUUGUUUUGGUCAUAUGGGAUCGAUUCAACAGUUCAACGCUAAAUUAUGGAGUUUCUUAUUUAUGAGCUGGGUAACUAGACGUAACGCUCAUACCAUUAAAAAGCUGUAUUAUUACUUUUGUUUUAAAUUAUUUCCUUUAUGAUUUUUAUUUAUUUCUGAUAAAGCCUACGUUCACACAAGCAGCACUGUGGUUUGAUAUUUUCACCUGAAAGUGCAAUCUUCCUUUUCCUUUUUCUCCAUAUCACAUUUAGGCAUUGCUAUGGGAAACGGGACCAAGAGUCCAUCAGAAAGUAUUUAAUAUCUAUUCUCUUUAACAUUUUUUUUUCCUUUUGUUUUUUUUUUUUUUUUUUUUUUUGGUAACUUAUUAUGACAUUAUUUCAUUAGUUAUUUAAUUUAAGACAUUUUGGCAAUAAAAAAAAAAUGGGCUGUUGUAAAGUUUACUGGAUGUGCCUGCUUAUCAGGGGAGCCAUGCCUGCCCACGGUGUGUGCACAGUGCUUCCAUUUAAGCUUUGGGACUGAAAACUGUGGAAUCUCCCUAAUCACUGAAACUAAAUUAUGGGUCUAUUGUAUCGCUGCCUAUAAUAUAACCAUAGAAAAUUACACUAAUAUUUUGUAACUAAUUUAUGUAGGAUGACAAAAAGAAUUCUAAUCACUGACAAAUUGAGUAUUUUAUUAAGAAAUCGAAAAUGAGUCAUUUUCAAUCUGGGACGACCUUUGUAAUAUAUGAAUUAAAGAGAAAUGUCUACUUAUGAAGGUUAUUGCUCUCCAGCAUUCUGAAGUAUUUUUCAUAGGCAGCCUUAUGGGUAGAUAUCUUAGAGAAAUGCCACUAAAAACUGAGUAAAUUGCAUAGAUCAAUUUGAUUGUACUCUGAAUUGUUUUGGAAGUCUGUGACUUGGGUUACAAUAUGUUAUAAUUAAUGACACACGUAAAGGUUUUUUUUUUUUGUGGAUAAAAGCUGCAUAUAUUAUACGGUUUUUAUCGCACGGGAAAAAAACCCUGAAAGUUGAAGAGUUGCCUCGUUAAUUGUAGAACAAGACCUUUCAACGGCGAUUGUGCCGUCGCCUAUGUGAAGAGCUGAGGGACACUAGAGAGCUGAUGUACAUAUCUCACCCUUUCUACAGCUGUUUCAACAGCCUUUCUGGACCCUUUAGAAAUUAUGCAUGCAGGUCCUGUUUGUUAAAACUUGUUCUGAUUAAUUGUAUACUUUGAAAAGUGCAGAGUGCACAUCGGAAAUGUAUUAUUCGCUUUUUGCCUUUUUGAUUACUUUGAAGUCCAUCCGAUAUGUUCAUACGCCGCGAAGAGGGCACUAAUUUUUUUAUCUUAUUUUUUUUUUUCCUUUUUGCAAACAUUUGUUUCUCUUGUACAAAACAUUGAAUCUCAUGAAGAAAUGGCAACAGUGAGUGUUUAUCAGUGUAAUGUAUUACAGUACAGUUUAUUUUCAAAGAACGUGUCUUACUUUUUCGCCUUUUGUGUUGUACAUAUUUCUGCUUGAAUGGUCCUGCAGAGCAAACAAAGCUGCUUUAUUUUUUACAUAUUCACACAUUAACCUGCUGUUCAAAAACAGAUUCUGUCAUCUAAGCCAUUUUGACAGCCUGUCCCUCCAAAUAACAAUAAAAAAAAACAUUUUCUAAAUGCUUGA